AUGUCAUUGUUUGACUCAGAGUUUGAUAUCAAACCAGAAAAUACAUUUUCUAUUGCAGGAAAGCAAAUAAAGUUUAAUACAAAAGAAGAUAUUGAACCAUACAUCAAAAAAUUGAAUGAAGUUUCCAAUUUACAAAAAAUAGAUUUUUCAGGAAAUACAAUUGGUAUUGAAGCAUCAAAAGAAUUAAGUGAAGCAUUAGUUAAUCAUAAGGAUAUCCUUGAAAUUAAUUUCUCAGACUUAUAUACCGGUAGAUUAAAUACUGAAAUCCCACAAUCAUUACAAUAUUUAUUACCUGCAUUAUUAAAAUUACCAAAUUUAAAAUUUAUAAAUUUAAGUGAUAAUGCAUUUGGUUUACAAACUAUUGAUCCAAUUGAAGAGUAUAUUGCCAAAGCUGUAACUCUAGACCAUUUAAUUUUAUCUAAUAAUGGUAUGGGUCCAUUUGCUGGUGCUCGAAUUGGUGGAUCAUUAUUUAAAUUAUCAAAUGCUAAGAAAGAAAAGAAAUACAGCUCAUUAAAAACAUUCAUUUGUGGAAGAAAUAGAUUGGAGAAUGGUUCAAUAAACUAUUUAGCAGUUGGAUUAAGAAAUCACGAAGAUUUAGAAACUGUAAGAUUAUAUCAAAAUGGUAUCAGACCAGCAGGUAUUUCGAAAUUAAUCGAAAAAGGAUUAAGUCAUAACAAAAAAUUAAAAGUAUUAGAUUUACAAGAUAAUACAAUUACUACAUCUGGUGCUAUAAAGUUAGCUGAAUCAAUAUCUAACUGGCCAGAUUUGGUAGAAUUAAAUUUAAAUGAUUCAUUGUUGAAAAACAAAGGUUCAUUAGAAGUUGUAAGGGCACUUUCAAAAGAUAAAAAGGAAAAAUUAACAAUCUUAAAAUUACAAUAUAAUGAAUUAGAAUCAGAUAGUUUAAUUGUAUUAGCUGAAUUAAUCAGUGAUAAAUUACCAAAUUUAAAAAGCUUGGAGUUAAAUGGUAAUAGAUUUGAAGAAGAUUCUGAACAUCUUACUACAAUUACUGAUAUAUUUGAAGAAAGAGGAUUUGGUGAGUUAGAUGAAUUAGAUGAAUUAGAAGAAUUAGACAGUGAGGAGGAAGAUGAAGAUGAUGAAGAUGAAGAUGAAGCAGAUGCAUUAGAGGAAGAUCUUGAUUUAGAUCAAUUAGAACUUGAUCUUUCUGGAGUUUCACUUGAAAAUAAAGAUAAAGGAGUUGAUGAAAUUGCUGAUGAAUUAUCCAAAACUCAUAUUGAUUAA